AUGAAGAAGCCCGCUGAUAUCCUCCUUCUUGCCAUUGUGCUUGUAGUCUCAACCGGCCUCGUGCUGGGGCUAACCUAUCUCCCAUGCUACUCGUCACUCUGCUCUGAAGAGUUCCUCCCCUACGAGACGCGCCUUCACAUCGCUACCUUCUAUGCCAUCCUCGCUACCACGGCCUGUGCCCUCCUCCUGCGGGCGUCGAGUGCAAUGGCGCGUCGCCUCAGCCAAUACCUCUUGGUCCGACGAGAGGUCCCCGUGCUCAAGAAACGCAUCAGUGUCGGCGGAGUGGUCCUGUCGAUAUGGCUAGUCGGGCUUAUCCUAGCUACGACGGGAUUCUGGCUGCAUCCGGAGUUGGAGUUCUGGCAGAGUAGGGUCGAGGUAGUUGGCUGGGCUGAGGCUAAAGUUAGACUUGCCGUCACGGCCAUCAUCGGGCACCACGCCGACAUGCUGCUCGGGCUCGUCAUCAUCCCGGUCUCGAGGAACAGCAUACUCGGGCGCGUAUUUGAGUUGCACCAGAGCACGUUGCUGUACGCACACAAACUCAUGGCCUACCUGCUGUUCGUUGCCGCCUUCGCGCACGGUGCGGCUUAUUACACCUUUGUCGGGGCUUUUGCUCACGGAACCGAUGCUCAAAAGCUGCAGAUCAACAUCGACAACCCUACCUUGACGACAAAAGAGUCGCAAGCAAGAGGCUACUACUACUAUACAAACCUAGCGUCCGGGAUGGUGUCCUUCAUCGCCAUGGUCAUCAUCGGAAUCACGGCUAUCCCUGUUCUCCGUCGUCAAAGCUACCAGACCUUCUACUAUUGCCACAUCAUUCUUAGCAUCUUGAUCUUCAUCAUUCUCUCCAUCCAUGCCAGCACCGACUUUUACUUCCUGCUGCCCGGCCUACUUCUCUGGGUCACGGAUUGGGCGUGGCGGCUGGUCCGCGGGGAGACGGGUCUCAAGACCAAGGUCACCGGAUCAUUGGAAAACGCGGGAGUGGGGUGGUACCGGAUUAGACUGCCCCUUGCCGUUGUGAAGCGAGGCAAACUCGGCCGAGGCCAAGACCCGGAGAAGCAGACCGCCGCCAUCGACUACCCGAUCCAGUGGUACUACCUCAACAUCCCAUCAGUCAGCAGGCUACAGGGCCACGCCUACACAGCAGCUGCAGUCCGGUCAUCAUCAUCAGGGCCGGUCUUCCUGCUCCAGCGCUGCCAGGGUAAGAAGCUGUCCAAGCUGGAGAAGGAGUGGACGCACAAGCUCGCCAAUACGCUCCCGGACCCGGGGACGCAGACCGAGCUCACCGUCCGUGUUGAGGGACCCUACAUGGCUUCUGACACGGGGUUCGCUACGGCAUCUCAGGUCGUGUGUGUGGUCGGUGGAACGGGCGUUACCGGUGCUCUGGGUUUGGCAAAAUGGUGGCUUGCUCAUCGGGCGGAGCAACCAGGGAGUUCCUUUGCCUUGGUAUGGACCGUGCGGCAUCGUGAGAUGGCCGAGAUUGGGGAGUGGAACGAGCUGGUAGAGAAGGCGGCUUCCCUUGACAACUUUGCUGUUCAUCUGCAUGUUAGUUCAGAGAACGGGAGGCUAGAUCUCAAAUCUGCACUUGCAGUUCAUCUCGGUAUUCAAGCGUCAGCUGGAUCUCUUGUUGACGACGAUGGGCGACAAGAUGGGCUACAGGGCUGGGUGUAUAUGUCAGGGCCGGAUGGGCUUCUAAGUGCCGCAGAGGAUGCCUGUCUUGACCUGCAAGAGGAGAUACGUCGAGAUAGGAAGAGUUCGACCGCUCUGAUGCCGCUGAAACAGCUCGACUGGUACGUCGCUCGAUGGGAAGUUUAG